GCCAUGGCUGGCAGCCCAGGCAGCGGGGCCUCUUUGGAGGGGAUAUCCCUGAGCUCCUCUGAGGAAGCGGAACUCCAGAGGGAAGCCAUGCAGCAAGUCUUGGACAACCUAGGAUCUCUCCCCAAUGCCACGGGGGCUGCGGAGCUGGACCUGAUCUUCCUUCGAGGCAUUAUGGAAAGUCCCAUAGUCAGAUCCCUGGCCAAGGCCCAUGAGAGGUUGGAGGAGACAAAGCUGGAAGCCGUGAGGGACAACAACCUGGAGCUGGUUCAGGAGAUCCUGCGGGACCUGGCGCAGCUGGCAGAGCAGAGCAGCACAGCCGCAGAGCUGGCCCGCAUCCUUCAGGAGCCCCACUUCCAGUCCCUCCUGGAGACGCAUGACUCAGUAGCCUCAAAGACCUAUGAGACACCACCUCCCAGCCCUGGCUUGGACCCUACGUUCAGCAACCAGCCGGUCCCUCCUGAUGCCGUGCGUAUGGUGGGCAUCCGCAAGACUGCAGGAGAGCAUCUGGGCGUGACAUUCCGUGUGGAAGGUGGCGAGUUGGUGAUCGCUCGCAUUCUGCACGGGGGCAUGGUGGCCCAACAAGGCCUGCUGCAUGUGGGUGACAUAAUCAAGGAGGUGAAUGGGCAGCCGGUGGGCAGUGACCCCCGCGCACUACAGGAGCUUCUCCGCAGCGCCAGCGGCAGUGUCAUCCUCAAGAUUCUGCCCAGUUACCAGGAGCCCCAUCUACCCCGCCAGGUAUUUGUGAAAUGCCACUUUGACUAUGACCCGGCCCGAGACAGCCUCAUCCCCUGCAAGGAGGCAGGCCUUCGUUUCAAUGCUGGGGAUUUGCUUCAGAUCGUAAACCAGGACGACGCCAACUGGUGGCAGGCAUGCCACGUGGAAGGGGGCAGUGCCGGCCUCAUCCCCAGCCAGCUGCUGGAGGAGAAGCGGAAAGCGUUUGUCAAGCGGGACCUGGAGCUGACACCCACCUCAGGGACCCUGUGCGGCAGCCUUUCAGGAAAGAAAAAGAAGCGAAUGAUGUAUUUGACCACCAAGAAUGCAGAGUUUGACCGCCACGAGCUGCUCAUUUAUGAGGAGGUGGCCCGUAUGCCCCCGUUCCGCCGGAAAACCCUGGUGCUGAUUGGGGCUCAGGGUGUGGGCCGGCGCAGCCUGAAGAACAAGCUCAUCAUGUGGGAUCCAGAUCGCUAUGGUACCACAGUGCCCUACACAUCCCGAAGGCCUAAGGACUCAGAGCGGGAAGGCCAGGGCUACAGUUUUGUGUCCCGCGGGGAAAUGGAAGCCGACAUCCGUGCAGGGCGUUACCUGGAACAUGGAGAGUAUGAGGGCAACCUGUAUGGCACACGAAUCGACUCCAUCCAGGGGGUGGUCGCCACCGGCAAGGUGUGCGUGCUGGAUGUCAACCCCCAGGCAGUGAAGGUGCUGAGGACAGCUGAGUUUGUCCCUUACGUCGUAUUCAUCGAGGCUCCUGACUUUGAGACCCUGCGGGCCAUGAACCGGGCCGCAUUGGAGAGUGGAGUGUCCACCAAGCAGCUCACGGAGGCAGACUUGAGACGGACUGUGGAGGAGAGCAGCCGCAUCCAGAGGGGAUAUGGCCACUACUUUGACCUCAGCUUGGUCAACAGUAACCUGGAAAGGACCUUCCGGGAGCUCCAGGCUGCCAUGGAGAAGCUGCGCACGGAGCCCCAGUGGGUGCCUGUCAGCUGGGUGUACUGAACCUCCACCUGGACCUUGUUCCCCCUGAGCAGUGACCCAGAACCUAAAACCACCCCUUCCCCACCUAUGACCCCCAGCCACGAUCCUCAGCUCCCGUCCUUGGUCUCUGACUUUCCCCAGAUAACAGCUCCCAGCGGGCCCUAAGCCUGGCUUCGGCGCAGAGGCGAGCACUGCCAGGGAGGUGGGUGUUCAUGGGGCACCUCUGUGCCCAGGUGCUGCCCACUCCCAAUGUCCAUUGGCCACCAGAUAUCCCUCUCUAGGGGCCAAGCUGUGCCCAGGAGUGUGUUAGAACAACCUCCAUAUUGCUUAGUCUAGAGAAUAGAAAAGUCGAUUGGAACCAAUUGGCCGUAGGUACAUUGCCCCCUGUCACCCCUGGGCACCUUUGCUCCUCUGGUCUAGUCACACCUCUCCUAUUCUUGGGCUUCUCCCAUUUCUCACCCCUAGUCCUAGGAGCCGGCCUUGGGCUGUUCCCAAGUGGCCAGGGGAGCCACUGGCAGCCAGGCAGGCCUGGGCAGUGGUGCCAGUCGGGGCCAUCGUGGAGGCUGGAGGAGCCAAAAUGUGAGCCAAAAUGUGAGCCAGUGGCCGCAGCUGGGCCACACACUCUCAGCUCCCUUAGAAAAGGGUAGGGUCCCAGGAGGGGAUGCUGCCCUGUCCCCCCCUCAUCCACAGCUUCUCACUGCCGAGGUCUCUCCACAGACUUCUCCAAUGUCCUCCUGGCAGGUCUGCCCUGCUCCCCAAAGUGCAAGGCUGGCAGGGGCCGCAGGCUCAGCCCAGAUUGCAGGGGAGGGGUUGGUGAAGGACUGGACCCCAUGACAAGGAGCCUGCUCUACUCCCCGUGGCCCAAGGCAGGGACACAUUGUGAUCGCUGUCCACGACCUCUUCCCAUUUUGGUCUCUUUCUGGCUGGGCCCAGAUGGCCCACUCGCAUCAGGCUUGCCUGGGUUGCGGGGCUGAGGAGGGGCUGUGAGCACAGGCUUGGCCAAGGAUGGGUGGCUCUAGCAGCUCCCCAGGAGUGCCAUUCCCACUCUGCUCUGUGCAGCCUGUCAUUCCACAUGCUGCGGUGCCUGCUCUGUGUCUCUGGCCCUGUUGUGUAUGAGUGUGAGACUUGGUUUGGGGGAAGGGGAGGCAAAGGGUUCUUUUCUUGGGGGGCGGGAGAGGUUACUCUUUGGGGUCUCUUAAUGGGGGUUUCCCCAUCAGCUCUCAUUUCUUAUGAGGCCCUUGUUCUAGACUCCAGAGCCUUGGCCCUUCCCAGAUGUCUUCCUCCACUUUCCUAUUGUCCCCCUAUCCUAAAUGCCACCCUCUAGUCCUUAGGGAGGGCAGUUUUGUAAAAUAGAAUUCCUUUUAUGGAAAGACUCCUGUCCUAGAUGUCCACAGGCAUCUCAUCCGUCAUUCUUCCCUUCAUUCCUCCCUGAGGUGAGCCUGUCCUCACAGGGGACACCCCAGGAGCCCCCUGCACCAGCCUCCCGAUUCUUCUGAGUGUCUAGUCAGUCUUUACUGCAGUGUCAGCCAAAGCUGGCCCUGAACCACUGUGUGCCCAUUUCCUAGGGAAGGGGAGGGAGAAUAAACAGAAUAUUUAUUACAAAUGUUAGAAAUAUAUUUAUUAUAUUAGGAAUCUCAUUUGCAUUUGCAUAGAUACACAAAUGAGAUGUCAAGGUUAAGGCUCUGGAAUCUCAUUUGCAUAGCUCUGCACACACUAUGCAGUCAUCUUUGUACUCUUUCCCCCUUUAGUCGUGUCCUUUUCAUCCUUGACUCAGCCUCCCUUGCAACACCCUCACCCUCUUCCUAAGGUGACUGGGAGUGGGAGGACAAUGGGGUAUUUUUCCUGAGGACUUGAGGCCCUGGAGUUAUUUGCCAGUUCCCACCUCCCCUGGGGGGUCUGGAGGUGGAGGCAAGGAAGGAUGUGCUUGGCAGCUGCCCCCUCACUGAAAGACCAUGCCAGAGAGCUGGCCCCUGGCCCCUGGCCCCUUCCUGUGUGUCUCCUGUGCAUGCUCAAGAGGCAGGGCUGGGUCCCUCCUCUGAAGCCUCCUACCACCCUUGAUGAGCGCCCUGCUCCAUGACUCUUUGGGACACCCAGCAGGUGGGAGCAGAGGCUGGGAGAUCCUUGGUUCACCUGGCACAAGGCCAGGGUUGGGUUGGAACAGGUGUACAUGUCCCCCAAUUUAGCUCUGUGACUCUGUCCUGCCUCCUCCCAUGUGGACUCUUGUGUUUGGGGAAGCUGAAGAGAAUAUAGACCCUGCCCCCCAUGGUCCACACAUCGUCCCAGCCCAGUUACCCUUCCUCUGUCCCCUCCCUCAACCAUCCAAUUCUCAAAUUUUUCUCUCUGUUUUUCUUUCUUUUUUUCUUUGAUUAAAUGUGAAAGCAAAUGCU